GUGAGAUGAAAAUGUAAGGUUUUCUUCUGUCGAUUUUAAGUUUUACCAACUCUAUAUAUAUCCAAGAAUCAACACUUUUAAAACCUAUACUUGCCAAUUUAUUUGAUUAUAAGUUGGUAUAUUGCAUUUGACAAGGUUUAUCAGCAUGAAGAAAUGCUUAGUAGGAGGAGCCUUUAUAAUAGUGUUGAUUGCAUUAGGGGUAUGGGCUAUUAUUUCCUGUAUACCUCCACCUUCUAAGAUAUGCGGUACGCCCGGUGGACCGCCUAUUACCGCCCCUAGGAUACGGCUAAGUGAUGGACGCUAUCUAGCCUACGAAGAACAUGGUGUUAGUAGACAAAAUGCCACUUUCAAGAUCAUCUUUAUCCAUGCUUUCGCCACCUUCAGACGUGAUGCUGUUAUCGCCAACCGUGUUCGUCCUGGGUUUCUUGAGAAGAACGGCAUCUACGUGGUAUCAUAUGAUCGACCAGGUUAUGGAGAGAGCGAUCCUCAUUCCCGUCGCAGUGAAAAGACAUUAGCUCAUGACAUUGAACAACUCGCUGACCAACUACAACUUGGUUCCAAGUUUUAUGUGGUUGGAUACUCAAUGGGAGGCCAAGCCGUUUGGGGUGUUCUCAAGUACAUCCCUCACAGGCUCGCUGGAGCCACACUGCUUUGUCCUGUAACCAACUCAUGGUGGCCUAGUUUCCCUGAUAGUUUAACUUGGGAGCUAUGGAACAAGCAAACUAAAACCGAAAGGUUUGCGAUGCUCAUUACUCAUCACACGCCGUGGCUACUCUACUGGUGGAACCAUCAAAAGCUGUUUCAAACAUCAGCUGUGAUGCAGUCAAGCCCUACGAUAUUCUCACCUCAAGAUAUGGCUUUACUGCCCAAGCUGGCCGUAAGGGUGUCUUACAAGAACCAAACAACGCAGCAAGGGGUACAUGAAUCAUUGGAGAGGGACUUGAUUGUGGGAUUUGGGAAAUGGGGGUUUGAUCCAAUGAAGAUUGAGAAUCCCUUCCCGAAAGGUGAAGGGUCGGUGCAUUUGUGGCAAGGGGAUGAUGAUAGGCUUGUACCGAUACAGCUACAAAGGAUCAUUGCUCAGAAACUAAGUUGGAUAAAGUAUCAUGAGAUUCCAGGGGCUGGUCAUUUGUUUCCUAAUGCUGAUGGGGUGGCAGAAACAAUAUUGAAGGAACUAUUGCCUAUUCCCCAAGCAUCUUAAUAUUCAAUUCACUCUCUCUCUUUUUUUGGUUAAAUGUUACAUUGUUUAGACUCAAGAAAGAAUUGUACAUUCUUCCUUCACCCCCAUGUAUGAAUUUCUGUAUUAUGAAUGAACUUUUUUGGUUUUUGCAAGAAAAUGUGUGCAAGAAAAUAAACGGAAACAAGUGAAUAUUCAUAAAUUGGCUAU